AUGGCAUCAGGAUUCGAUGCCGCUUUGAAUAUAGGUGGAGUGUCGCAGGAGUCUCAAAAUGGUUUCAGUCUUCGCAUGUUCAACAAACCUUCAAUAGUACUCGCUCAUGUGGCUUUCAAAGGAGCAGCGUUAGUUUACUACUUUCUCGCAAACUUGCUGUCUUCGUCAUUCAUCGUUCAAUUUCUUAUAAUUCUGACGUUAUUGUCCAUGGACUUUUGGACAGUGAAGAACAUCACUGGAAGAUUGCUGGUUGGUUUGAGGUGGUGGAACUUUGUAGACGACAACGGUAAAAAUCACUGGAAAUUCGAGAGCGCUAAGGAUCAAUCACGUUUCCCCCCAAUGGAUCGACGUGCCUUCUGGUUUGCACUUGUAUUAGCACCACUACUUUGGUUUUUCUUUGUUGCCAUGGCGUUCUUCACAUUCAAGUGGGAAUGGAUGAUUGUUGCAUUAUUGGGUCUCUCGAUGACAUCUGCAAAUCUCUAUGGAUAUUUGCGCUGUCGUUGGGCGGACACUAACCAGUUCACCAACUAUCUCUCCAAAUGGGCUUUCCUUUCGGUUUGUUCUCCUUGUCCACUUCAUAAUUAG